UCCAAGGAGGUGGUCAGAGCUGCAGGAGCACAAUUUAAACUGCAAGGCAACUUUCACUUGAAACUGUGGAGCUAGUUUAGCAUUGGGAAAACACAUCUCUUUCAAAACUUUUAAGCUCUGAGAAAACUUUCUCUUUUUUUUAGACUAUGGGACAUAACUGGCGGGUAUAAAAGCUGGACAGUUUAUGCCCAAACAGUAAGAAAGCUCGUAAAAUUUUAGAGUUUAGCUUGUUUACAUUUUGAAUUCGAUAUUUAAUAAACUGAAGUAAACGUUUCACAAUCUAAAAUAAAUAUAAUGAAUGUGAUAACCCGUGCAUUAUGAAACCAAGUAAUCUAACAUUUCAGCUCUCUCUUCUUCGCCUUACUUUUUCUUGAAGAGAUAUUGCGAUUCGUAAAAAAAAAAGAGAAAACGUUUAGGGAGGUUUUGAAUGCAGAUGACUUUAGCUAGAAUUAAAUUUUGUUAAGAGUGAUUGAAAACAGCUGCAAUUUUAGACACAUACGGUAUUGGGUGAUUGCUAUAGCGUCUUCGUUUUGUUUUUUGUAUGUUCUUUUUAAGAAUGGAUCGAUUGAGGAUUUUAAUUCUAGUGGUGUUGGUCGUAAUGCUGAUUGGACUCUGUGACUCUCAAAGGGAUUCUGGAAGAAGACUCGAGAGCACAGGUACACGAGAUACCUGGAGCCAGGCGCGAGCCAGGAGUCAGGGCAAUAAUUACUCAGCUAGAGGUCUGUAUCGCACGAAUGGUCCUGUUACAGCCCAUGUAUUUAACCCUUCACAUUCUCGUACCAACGGUUCCCAUUCGGGACGGGCAAAUCACCCAGUAGCAGCCCAGCAGAAUAGAAAUCUGCUGUCAAAGCAAGAAAAUAAAUCUGCAGUCCCAGUGAAAAGCGUCGUCCCUACGGCACCGCCAGUAAAGGAUGCUUUACCCCAGAAGAAUGGCGCUACCAUAGCCCGGGAGGCAAUCCCAGCAUCACUGAAACAGCGAGUGGUGGCUCAUUCCUCCAGGCUCAGAACCAGGCAGAUUGCCAGGCAGAACUCUGCUAACAAUGGAGACUCCAAACAGAAGACUGCAGCGCCUAGCCGUCCCGUGGGACCCAAUGUGUGUGGAGGACGUUGCUGCACGGGAUGGGCCAUAGCUCCCGGCACGAAUCGAUGCAUAAAACCUGAUUGCAACCCACCUUGCCAGAACCGGGGCUCCUGUAGCCGACCCCAGACCUGUGUUUGUCGCUCUGGGUUCCAGGGCUCCAGGUGUGAAGAGAGGGCCCCCGAGCAGGUAUAUGUCCUAGAUGGCUCAUCAAGGGUCUAUCAGCCCAUCCGUCCCGCCACAUCCUUAUCAGACAGGAGAAAAACAGGAAAUACCCAGAAAAGGAACGACACAAGGAGUCAAACUGAGAGUGCUGCCCAGGCUUCUAGACAACGACCUGUGUCCACAGGCCAAGGGCCUUCUACGACACAUGACAGAAGAGGGCAGGCUGGGUCCUCUCCACAACACACUGGGGCUUCCCGCACAGUCAAGCGUUACCCAUCAUCCACUGGACAGAUCACCUCCAACGCUCUGCCCAAUGGCAACCACAAUCAGCCAGCCAGUGGACUUGGAACUGGGAACCUUAAUAAUGCCGUGGAACCAAGAGGAGCAAACCUGACGGCCAACAUUGACCGUAUAAAGAUUGUCUUCACCCCGAUGAUCUGCAAGAGGAGCUGUAACAAUGGUCAGUGCUACAACAGCUGUGAGAAAGGGGACACUACGACCGUUUACAGCGAAAACAACCAGAGCCACAUCUCAAAAGCAGGAUUUCGCAUCUAUUUCUGCCAGAUUCCCUGCAUGAACGGGGGGCGCUGCAUCGGACGAGACCAGUGCUGGUGCCCAUCGAACUCCACAGGAAAAUUCUGUCACCUUCCGGCGCCACCUCCAGAGAAACAACAUGCAGGCAAGGGGAGCAGUCAGACUGCAAGCAAUUCAUCACAUUCCAUGUAUACCCUGCCGCUGUCUAACCAGCUAGCCUCCAUUUACCCUUCCCUGGUAAAUGUUCACAUUCAACACCCUCCUGAAGCGGGGGUGGAGGUCCACCAGGUGGCCCACGUGAAGCCGGGUCAGGUUCCUCCCAGAACGCAGGAAAACAGCGUUGAGGAACAGCAGCCUGUGCGCUCAGUGCAGCAGAGGUCCCAGCCAGAUAAUGGGAACGGACACUCCAAGGAUCACAGCUACACCAAUGGGAACAGCAUUGGGAAUGAGAACGGGCACUCCAGACCGCAGAACAGACUCAACGGAUACAUAGGAAGAUGUUUCCAGGAAACCAUUGAUGGGCAGUGUGGUAAACCCCUUCCUGGACUGACCAAGCAAGACGAUUGCUGUGGCAGUAUUGGAGCAUCAUGGGGACUGAACAGGUGUACGCAAUGCCCUUCAAAACCAGCUUAUCCAGUAAUUGCAAAUGGCUUGGUUGAAUGUCCAAAGGGCUACAAGAGGAUGAACCAAACUCACUGUCAAGAUAUCAACGAAUGUCUCAUGCCUGGAAUCUGCAAGAACGCGGAGUGUCUGAACUCCCGAGGCAGCUACAGAUGUACCUGCAAACCUGGAUACAUGCUCGACACAUCCCGUAGCCACUGCAUCUCGGACAAGGCUGUGUCCAUGGAGCGGGAAAUGUGCUUCCGUUCGCUCUCUGGAGGCUCCUGCUCCCUGCCUCUCACCCAGCACAUCACCAGACAGAUCUGCUGCUGCAGCCGAGUUGGCAAAGCGUGGGGCAAGGACUGCGAGAGGUGCCCGCUGCCUGACACAGAUCAUUUUAAAGAGAUCUGCCCCGCUGGUCAUGGCUACACAUACUCCAGGUCAGAUAUUCAGAUCUUGAUGAGGCAGGCAAAGGAGGAGGAGUUAACCAUGGGCUCCGAUACUCGCCAGCACCACCACCGUACCCAUGACAACGGCCAUGAGACACCCAGGGUACCCAAAAAGGAGCAAGGAGGGAUUGGGCAAGCCAAAAUACCUCCUGUUGUAACUGAAGCCACUCUGAAAUACCCAGUGGUGAAGACAACCCCAGAUUCUCCCGUCCACCUGGACCCUGAGCCUGCCUCCCGGGACACGGCCCCCAUCAACGUAGCGACCCAGGUCACAGAAAUCGACCGGUGUUCAGCUACACCCACUGUCUGUGGUCCAGGUGCCUGUAUCAGUGUGCAGGGUGGAUACACCUGCUACUGUAACCCUGGCUAUGAGCUCAAUACACUGCAGACCCGCUGCGUGGAUGUCAAUGAGUGUGAGAAGGACCCCUGCGAAGGAAAGGGACGCUGUGUGAACAACGCUGGGUCCUUUAGCUGCUAUUGUCACCCUGGAUACAGCCUGGUCAUUACACAGAACAAGAAGACAUGCCAAGACGUCGACGAAUGCCGAAACCCCAACGCCUGUCCCAGUGGAAGAUGUGUUAACACCCCAGGCUCCUUCCAGUGUGUGAGCUGUGGGACUGGGUACAAGGCUGUGAACGGGAGAUGUAUAGAUGAAGAUGAAUGCCAUGUCACUGGAGUCUGUGCAAAUGGAAGGUGUAUCAAUCUGGAGGGCUCCUAUAGAUGUAGCUGCAGCCAGGGAUAUGAAGCAUCUUUGGACAGCAAAAGCUGCAAAGAUAUCAAUGAGUGUGCCACACACAAUGUAUGCCCUAAUGGACUGUGCAUCAACACUGAAGGUUCCUACACAUGUUCUGACUGUAGAUCUGGUUACAGGAUAUCUUCAGAUGGGCAGAGAUGUGAAGAUAUAAAUGAGUGUGGCUCAACGAAUGUGUGUCCAAAUGGAGUCUGCACGAAUACUGAGGGCUCUUUCACCUGCUCCAAGUGCAGGAAUGGGUACAGACUUUCUGAGGACAAGCAGAGAUGUGAAGACAUCAAUGAGUGUGCGUCGCCCAGCGUGUGCCCCAGUGGAUUGUGUGCCAACUUGGAAGGUUCCUACUCCUGCACUGCUUGUCCUUCCGGGUACAGGGUAUCUGCAGACAGGCAGAACUGCGAAGAUAUCAAUGAAUGCUUAUCCCCUAAUGCGUGCCCCUCUGGAAUCUGCAUCAACACUGAAGGUUCUUUCUCCUGCACUAACUGCAGAGCUGGGUACAGGAUAGCUGCAGAUGGGCGUAGAUGUGAAGAUGUUGAUGAGUGUGCUUUGCCUGACGUGUGCCCUAAUGGGGUCUGUCGGAAUAAUGAGGGGUCGUACUCCUGUACGAUCUGUGGGACUGGGUACAGGAUAGCUGCAGACAGGAGUAGCUGUGAAGACAUUGAUGAGUGUGCAUUGCCAGAUGUUUGUCCCAAUGGGCUUUGCAGGAAUAAUGAAGGAUCCUUUUCUUGCACAAACUGUAGACCUGGUUUCAAGGUAUCUGCAAAUGGAUAUUCAUGUGAAGAUAUCGAUGAGUGUGCUUUGCCAGAAGUGUGUCACAAUGGGCACUGUGUGAACAAUGAAGGUUCAUACUCCUGCACAACCUGUGGGACUGGGUACAAGAUCUCUGCUGAUGGCUUCAGCUGUGAAGAUGUUAACGAGUGCUCAUCUCCAGAGAUCUGUCCCAGCAGAGUCUGCGCAAACACUGUGGGGUCCUUCUCCUGCAUGGCCUGUGAUAGUGGCUACACAGUGUCUGAUGACAGAAGCAAGUGUGAAGAUAUAAAUGAAUGCGAGGAUAUCAGCCGCAGCUGUUUGGGUGGAGAAUGCACAAACACUCCCGGAUCCUUCAUCUGCGCUUGUCACCAAGGCUUCGAGCUCAUCGGAGGAACCGUUUGCAUUGAUGUAAACGAGUGCCUGACUUUGGAUAUCUGUGGCUCCAAUGGCGAGUGUAUGAAUAGCGAGGGCUCCUAUUUCUGUGUCUGCUCUGCAGGAUACACCACCACAGCUCAUGAAAUUGGCUGUCAAGAUGUUGAUGAGUGCAGAGAGGGGAGUGUGUGUUCCAGAGGGCAGUGUUUGAACUCUGAUGGGUCCUAUCAGUGCCUCUGUGAAGCCGGAUUUGAAUAUUCGCAGGAAACCAGAGACUGCGAAGAUAAGGACGAGUGUAAAGAGUAUGGAAGCAGUGUCUGUGGCAGCUGGCACUGUGAGAACACACUGGGUUCAUACCACUGCUUCAAGGGCUGCCAGCCUGGGUUCAGCACUGGACCAGAUGGAGAGUGUGACAUUGAUGAGUGUGUUAAUGAGACCAUCUGUGGCAGCCACGGUUUCUGUGAGAACACGGACGGCUCGUACACAUGCCUCUGCGACCGGGGCUUUGAAAACCCGCCUGAGACUCCAGGAUGUGUUGACAUCAAUGAGUGUGAGGUGAUCACAGCGGUGUGCGGGACGGCUUUCUGUGAGAACGUGGAGGGCACCUUCCUGUGUAUCUGCUCCGGCGACGAUGAGGAAUUCGACCCAGAGACCAGCCAAUGCCGAAGCAGGGCGCUGAUGGGAUAUGGGAGCGUAGUGGACACACCAGUGGGGGCUGCCUCUAGUGGAGAGAGGAAGGAGUGUUAUUACAACCUGGAAGAUGCCAAUUUCUGCGAGAACGUGCUGUCCCGGAACACCACCAAGCAGGAGUGCUGCUGUACUGUGGGGUCCGGCUGGGGGGACGACUGUGAGAUCCACCCCUGCCCAAUCACUGGGGGAGAUGAAUACAAUGAGCUCUGUCCACAAGGGAAUGGAUUCUUAUCAAUGGAAGGCACGUCCUUUGGCUUUGGGCAACUGAUAUAUAAAGAUGCAGAUGAAUGUGUAAUGUUUGGGUCCGAAAUCUGUAAAAACGGUCUCUGUGCAAAUAUGGAGCCUGGCUACUCCUGUUACUGCCGAGUGGGAUUCUAUUAUGAUACCAUCCGCCUGGAAUGUGUUGAUCACAAUGAGUGUCAGGAGGAGGAUACCUGUGUGGAUGGAGAGUGUGUGAACACGCCCGGGUCCUUUAACUGUUUCUGCAGCCCUCCACUUGUCCUGGAUGUGAGCCGCAGACGCUGCAUCAACGCAAACUUCACAUCAGAUGAUCUGGAUAGUGAGGACGAUAUCCACUUGGAUAUCUGCUGGGAGGAGGUGUCUAGCGAGUACAUGUGCUCGAGACCUCUUACAAGCAGACGGACCACCUACACAGAGUGCUGCUGUCUCUAUGGUGUAGCCUGGAGCAAUGACUGUGCCUUUUGCCCAAUGAGGAGCUCAGCGGAUUAUGCAGCGCUGUGUAACCUUCCAAGGACAGAUGGCCUGGGGGCAGAUGGUCUCAGAGACAGACCAGGCUAUGAAUAUGGACCAGAUGGACCUUUAUAUGGGCCAGGCUAUGUGGAUCUUGGAAAUAGCCCUUAUUACAACAACCCGGGACCGGAGUAUGGACCCCAGGACCUUGUCCCUUUGACCCCUUUUAGGAACCCGAGCGAUGAGUAUGGGUUCAGAGGGUCCCCGCCUCUUCGAACAAGUCAACCGCAAGAGUACCAGCCUCAGUUUGUAAACCCUUAUGCUGACAGGUUCGAUGGGUUUGAAGGAUUGCAGGCUGAGGAAUGUGGGAUUUUGAAUGGCUGUGAGAAUGGCCGCUGCGUGAGAGUGCGGGAGGGUUACACCUGCGACUGCUUUGAUGGCUUUGAGCUUGAUUUAAACAAAAUGCUCUGCAUUGAUAUAAAUGAAUGUAAAGACAUUAGCGAACAAAACUCCCUGUGCAAAAAUGGCAGGUGCGUGAACACGGAGGGAUCGUAUAAAUGUGUGUGCCUGCCAGGAUUCCUGGCAUCGCCGCAGCCGGAUCACUGCAUUCCCGAAGAGCCUAAAGCCCACAGCACCGAGGCGGAGCAGUGAAACAGGAAAGGGAGGAGUCCAGCCCUCAUUUACACAGAGUCCCACUGGAAACCCAUAGGGCCUGGCCGUAAAUAAUGGUGGGAAAAAACAUAGCAAAGAAGAACUUGUGUGGACACAAGAUCUGAAGUGAAUGUAUUACAUGGGAUUUCUAACUUUGUUGCCUUUUAAAGGGAUUUAAUAAAACAGGACUCCUUAAUGGUUCCCAGAAAAACAAAAAGGAAAAAGCAAAACCACAUUCAUAUUAAACGGUUUAUUUUCAAUCUGUACACCACUACUAGUCAUAGGCCCGGGCAUAAUGUACAUAUCCAAAAUAGUACUUGUUAGGAUGUUUUCUCUUCUUUUUUUAUAAUUUAUUUUUUUUAGAGUUUACGGCAGUUUUUAAAAAGAAAAGAAAUAUUGCUAAAUUAUAUGAUGUAAAAAAAAAAUAACUCAACCUUCUAGUAAAGCUUUGAUCUGUUUUGGAUUUGGAUCCAAAGGGUACAAAUUGAUCUGUUAACACAUCAUGUUUUAUUAAAGUUUUGCAAAACUUGUAUCUGCUUAACACUGUAACACUUGCUAACCUUUUAAUAGUGGGGUGCAUUCUUAUUUUAGAGCAGUAAUCUUCUAAAAAUAAGCAGUGGGUGUUGUUGAUAAAUCAAGAGCUCAAGACGUUUACGAUUAGUAACAAUCUCAGAUCCUGUGUAAGCACAUUCCUAUAGGGACAACCAGAACAUAUCUGCAAGUAAGCGAUAUUAAUCUUGUUUACUGUGUGUGAUUAGAGGCAAGUGAGAGAGGUCUGGAUGCUGUGUACAGAUUAUGUACUAUGUAUUUAAUUUUGUUUUUAUAUUUUAACAUACUGUAGGUAUAUAGUGUAUUAACUUUGUUCAGUUAAAAUAAGCGAUCUGUAUUGCCAAAUACAUUUUAAUACCAAUACCAUAGCUUUGUAUUUCUGUGCAAAGUUGCUUUUAACAGAUCUGUAAUGAAAUGUGCCUUACACUGUACCAUACAAAGUGUAUAUAUCCUGCCCUGUGGAGCAGACAUUAGUACUGGUUAUUAUAGAAUGGCAGCACCUUAUCUCUAAAUUCAUCAAGUAAGUGCCAAGCAGUUAUUACUAUUACCCAAGGACUGGGUGAACAAACACAAUGCUCAUGUAUACAGUUUGUGCAGAUGGAAAUAUUAUUAUUAAUAAUAUUAUGGCACAUUUUUGCAAGAAAGACCCUCCUACAUAUCCUGGCUUUUCUGGUCAGUCUAAUGACUUGAAAGAUCGCAACUCUUAUUUUUUUUUUUUGUAUUUGGGGACUUAAACAGCUCAUCUUAUCCGAGUAUUCUGCACUAUAAAAUGUCUAUUGAGAAGGUUCUGCCAGUCUUUGCAAGUACCAAUUAUCUAUUUAUGUUACAGGUAAAAGAUGUUCUUUUCCUAAUGCCCAAAGCCUGCAUUGUGUGUAAAAGAAAUGCAAUAGCUGCUACAAGAAAGGUCUGUCAAAAGCAGACACUGAUGCAGAUUUAGAAUGAUCGUUUCCAGUGUUUAGUAGAUUACAGUAGUAGACUAAAGACUUUGUUACAAGAAAAGAAAGCAACGAAUGCUCAUUUUUGCUGUAUAUAUAAUGUGUACUACUCAAUAACUCAUGUUAAAUAGGACUGAAUAGAUACUGGGCUAUUUCCACUGUUGGAAGCUGUGAUCUGAUAUUGCUUUAUACAUUCCUUCAUAUACCUCUAACCGUAGUCCCUUUCAGUAAAGAAAAUAAAGAUUCCAUUUUCAAGCCUGUUUUGUUUGUUUAUUAUUGUUUUUACCUCUGUGGCAAAAGGUUUAUGAACAAAACAAAAAGAAAGUUUGAAAAUGAAGACAGAAUUCUUCUUUCACUCAUUUUAAAAGUUCCUUAAAAUCAUAUUGCUCAAUGUUGAGCAAGUCUGCCAAUCUGAGUGUUGAGUGUAUCUAUCCUUCUGUGAUUUAUUGCUCAAUAAAAUACCAGUGGACAUUUA